CCACCUUCCAUGCAGCAGGGCGAUCACGAUGAUCAAGUGAACGAUUAUCGGCGAACGUACGGACGGAGCGGACGGGCGACGGCUGCCUUAUGCCAAACAAAUCUCAUCGUUUUGCUGCCCUAGAAGUGUUCGAAUCAGCAGCAGCAGCAGCAGAAGGUGGAGGAUUCUACGAAAUCCACCCCUAAGCAUCCGAGGCCGAGCAACCCGCGGAAGUUGUGACCAUCGAUUGCGGGAUGACCGUCGUUGACACCGUUGUUGUUGUUGUUGGUUGUCGUCCAGCUUCUUCUUGAGCGAUAGAGAGAGAGCGAGAGAGUGCGGUGUGCCGUAACAAUGUCAUCGACGGCUGGAGCAUUCCACCAGCAGCAUCAGCCGCAGCAACAGUCCCCUCGGUCGCCGAUAGUGGCCGCGGCCGUUGCCGCAGCCGCCGCGAUCGGGGCCGUAUCGGGGGGCAGCGCCGGUGGGGUGGUCGGCUGGACGAACAAACGGAGCCCCAUCCACCAUCUCACCACCAGCCAGGACGUUAUCAAUCAGGGAAAAUGCCUUUGCGGUGAGUACAUACGCGCGCGGCUCAAACGCAGCGGGCUGCUCAACCGGAAGAUCCUGCAGCGUUUGCGCAACUCGAUGGAACACUGCAUGGCGGGCAGCGGCGGCAUCGGUGGCGGGGCCGUGGUCCGCGAAGCACUGCCCAUACUGAACGGGAUGGGCGAGGAGCUGGAGCGGAUGCACCCCCGGCUGUACAGCAACGUCAGCCGGCAGAUCUCGAACGAGCCGUGGGGCGAGCUGACGGAACCGGACACGGUCGGCUACCUGCUGCACGUGGUGGCGAAGGAUCUGUUCAAGAGUGGCAUCACCUGGGGCAAGGUGAUAUCGCUGUUCGCCAUCGCGGGCGGGCUGGCGGUCGACUGCGUGCGGCAGGACCACGCGGACUACCUGCAGCAGCUGAUCGAGGGGACGGCCGACGUGAUCGAGGAGGAUCUGAGCGGGUGGCUGGUGGAGCGGGGCGGCUGGCUCGGGCUGCAGGAUCACGUGCAUCCGCCGCAGCCGGAAAUCUCCGUCACCGGGUGGGUGAGCAUUACCGCGCUGACGCUGGCGGUGAUCUACAUCGUCUCGUUGUUCCUACGCGUGAUCGGAUCGGGCUACGCCGAGCCGGAACGAUCGACCAACUAAUGAUAGUGCCGCUUUGUCUUAGGCCCUUCUUCUUCUUGCAUUAUCAUCAUUCCACACUGUACUAACAGAAAAUCUCUUGUCCGAAUCUUGUCCCAUGCUUACGCUACGCAUUCCGCUUUCGCUGUGCAAUCUCGCAUCCUCCCUCUAUCAAUAAUAGCUAAACGGUAUUUGCCAAACACACGCCAAUAAAAGGCCAAUUAAGAGGGUUACAUAUAAAGGAGAGCUUAUGAAGGUGGAAAAGGAGGGAGAGGAAAAAACUGCGUGCAAAUAUGUUAAAGUUUUGUUUUAGUUGUAAUUACGUGUAGUCCUUUUUUAACUUGUAUUUAGACUAUUGUUUGUUCUUCUCUUAUUUAAUUCGCGCAUUCCUGUUUUUUUUUAAUUCCAUGCUUUUCUAUCAACUGUUUUCUAAUUGUCAUUUCUAGGGUAUGUUUUUUGCUUUUGUUGUUUUCCAAAAAAACUGUCUAUAAUUAGAGCUAUUUUAUACAUACAUAGGUAAAAGAAACAAAUAAGGGCGUAGUAUGCAAUAAAUAUUCAAAUUAUAUUCGCUUACUGGCGGGCACGUGUGACGUGCCUUGCAGUAAUUGUUACAGUAAUUUUAAA